UUCGGUCAAGCUCUCGACGGCCAUGUAUGCGGUUCACCUCAGUUGGUGUCACGUCAUCAACACGCGGCCAGCUCACUUCUGGACGUGAUCUCUGACAGACAGCCCAAAACAGUUGCGUCCGCUGACGAGACCAGCACUACGUUCCUUGAUUUACCAAGAGAGGCUCACGAAGCCCUUCAAUGCAUCAUCGAUCGUGAGGAUCGUCUGUGGCAGUCGCUGUGCGAGUUCCACUUCACUCCUGCCCAGAUCGAUCAGCGAAAAACUCCUGAUAAGACUUGGCGAAAGACGUUCUUUGAGCUAAAGAAAUACAUCGGCAUACGAGAGGUAUAUGCGGAUCUCAUCAACAUUUGUUGUCAUUGUAAGGCGUUAUUCUGGAAGACAUUGGGACAUCCCUGCCUCCGACCAGGUUCACCUUCGGUGCGGGUAACUCCACAACAAUUCGUCGACAUGCUUAUUUACCUCUAA